AUGACCACUGAGCGUGAAAGCAAGACCUUCCUCGCCCGCCUCUGCGAGCAGGCUGAGCGCUACGAUGAGAUGGUCACCUACAUGAAGGAGGUUGCCAAGCUCGGCGGUGAGCUGACCGUCGACGAGCGUAACCUCCUCUCCGUUGCCUACAAGAACGUCGUUGGCACCCGCCGUGCCUCGUGGCGCAUCAUCUCUUCCAUUGAGCAGAAGGAAGAAUCCAAGGGUUCCGACAAGCACGUCUCUACCAUUAAGGAAUACCGUUCCAAGAUCGAAACAGAGCUGGAGAAGGUCUGCGAGGAUGUUCUCAAUGUUCUGGACGAGUCUCUCAUCCCCAACGCUGCCUCUGGCGAGUCCAAGGUCUUUUACCACAAGAUGAAGGGUGACUACCACCGAUACCUUGCUGAGUUUGCCUCGGGUGAGAAGCGCAAGGGUGCUGCCACUGCUGCUCAUGAGGCUUACAAGAACGCCACCGACGUUGCUCAGACUGACCUUACUCCCACUCAUCCCAUCCGCCUGGGUCUGGCUCUGAACUUCUCAGUCUUCUACUACGAGAUUCUCAACUCGCCCGACCGUGCUUGCCACCUCGCCAAGCAGGCCUUUGACGAUGCCAUUGCCGAGCUCGACUCACUCUCUGAGGAGUCCUACCGCGAUAGCACUCUGAUUAUGCAGCUGCUGCGCGACAACUUGACGCUGUGGACUUCAUCCGACAACGCCGAGGCCGAGGGCGCUGGUGCUGCUGAUGCCCCCAAGAAGGAGGAGGGCGAGGCUGCGGACAAGCCUACUGAGGAGGCCAAGGCUGAGGAGCCCGCGCCUGAGUCCACCAACUAA